CACCUAUCAACUGAGAAUAUUCAAACGGCAUGUGGAAUUAUCCUGGACAGUCGAGAGGCCCCUCGAAUAAUGCGUAUGGAGCUCCGCCAAAUGGGUUUCCCGCUCCUGGUGGUCAAUUCAACCAACCUGGGUACGCGCCUUCGUAUGGCCCUCCGCCGGGGGCACCUCCUGGCUAUGGCCCUCCAUUUGGCCCUCCUCCUCCACCCAUGCAUAAUUAUCCGGGCGGACAUCAGUAUGGUGGCCCCCCACCUGGCCCUCCUCCCAUGCCUCAUCAGAACAGCCGCCCAUAUGAACGUUUCGCUCCUCCCAGUGGACCGCCCCCAGCCAGGCCUCCGUCAGGCCAGCAGCAUUACGGGCCUCAAUUCGAAGGCGCGAACCAUCAACAGCAGCAGCCAUACUUCCAGUAUUCACAGUGCAAUGGAAAAAAGAAAGCACUUUGUAUCGGUAUCAACUACGUUGGACAGAGUGCAGAGUUGAAGGGGUGUAUCAACGAUGCGCGCAAUAUCGAAAAGUUUCUCUGCACUCGGUUUGGUUACAAACAAGAGGACAUCGUAGUUCUGACUGACGAUCAGAACGGUCCUCGGUCGAUGCCCACUAAGGAUAACAUGCUCCGUGCCAUGGAAUGGCUUGUACGAGAUGCUCGCCCUAAUGAUUCCUUGUUCUUCCACUACUCGGGGCAUGGUGGACAGACGAAAGAUUUGGACGGCGAUGAAGCUGAUGGGUUCGAUGAAGUAAUUUAUCCUGUAGACUUCAAGCAGAACGGCCAUAUUGUCGAUGAUGAAAUGCAUGCUAUCAUGGUCCGGCCUUUGCCCCCUGGCUGUCGGUUGACAGCCAUCUUUGACUCCUGCCACUCCGGCUCCGUUCUCGAUUUGCCGUACAUUUAUUCCACGGAAGGUAAAAUUAAAGAGCCGAACCUUGCCGCAGAAGCUGGCCAGGGUCUGCUCAGCGCUGUUUCAUCGUAUGCUCGCGGGGAUAUGGGCGGCGUGUUCAGUUCAGUUUCUGGGCUGCUCAAGACCGCGACCGGUAAUGGUCAAAAAGCCAACGAUUACGCCAAGCGAACCAAGACGAGCCCUGCUGACGUCAUCUCGUGGAGCGGAUGCAAGGAUUCACAGACGAGCGCAGAUGCUUACGAAGCUGGCGCGGCGACUGGGGCUAUGAGCUAUGCAUUCAUGACUGCACUCGGUGAGAAUCCCCAGCAAAGCUACCAGCAGCUUCUGGGCAACCUUCGUGGCAUCCUGAAGGCAAAGUACAGUCAGAAGCCACAGCUGUCGAGCUCUCACCCGAUGCAAACCGAACUUUUGUUCAUCUGCUGAGCCCGAUAUUCUUGACCCACGGCACUUGUGAGACUCCCGUGUAAUUGUAUCGAAUCGUUGGCGUCUUGUGCAUAAAAUGGACACUUGACACCGACAUAUGUGAUGUUAGUUUUGUACUAUCUUCAAUUAUGAUUCAGAAAUGGACCUUUGUAUAAA